AUGACGGGCUUCGAUUCGUCCUGGAGCUGCAGCGACCUGGCGCACAACCUCUGUGACGUCUUGGUCAAGAAGGGCCAGCUGAAGGAGAAGCCCGCAUUCAUCCGCACAGAUCGAGAGGCCAAGAUUUUGCAGAUUUUUGAGGGCAUCGGCCUCGAUGGGGCGAAGAUGUCCACGUUCGACAAUCCUGGCCCUUUGGAAAUGAUGGUCCGCAAGAGCACCAAUGGCGAGACCUGGGUCCAACAUGUCCUCGACGGCUUGACCAGCAUGCUGCCAGAGGACGUGGCAAAGGCACAAAAGACGAUGACCAUGGAUGAGACCGCCAAAGAAGAGCUGGCAGCAGCAAAGGAGAGGUCUGCCCAGCGAAGGGAGCGCAUGCACGAGACAGAGAAAGAAAACGACCGAGGUGAUCGAGACAAAGAGGGAGGAGAUCGCCCGAAAGGAAAAGGUAAAAGCGAUCGCCCGGAUCGGGAGCGCAAUGGCGGCAACGAUCGCUUUGGUGGAAACGAUCGCUUCGGCGGGAACGAUCGAUUUUCCCGAGACAGGGAUGAGGACCGUGGGGAUCGUCGCGACGGUUACAAGGGUGAAGGAGGCAUGGCAGAUGUGUUCAAAAGCUUCGUUUUCGGCUCGCAAGCUUGUAGUGAACACGUGCUUUCGGGCGUGUACGGGUGCAGCUUCAGAGUUCGGUCGGUGGCAAUUCCUACUGGCUUCGGAUUGCAUGUUGCCCUCAUGACUCAGUGCCCAGCAUGUAUACACAGCACCGGCUGCUCACCAGCAUAG